CCACGGAACAGGUCCAAACAUGCCAACCAAGACAAGUCUCAGCGAGCUCCCAUUGAUCGCCUCUCAGCCAGUAUAAAAGCGAGCGUGCUGCUGAGUAAGAUCAGUCUACUGACAUACACUACAGUUGAAAGACUUGAAUAGAUAUAAACUACGUCUGACAGCAGCGUGGAAAUAUAGCAAAAGAUCUAUAUAACUACUGUCACCGUUCAAAAAGAUUCAACAUGGCUUUGCUUCCUCCUGGUGGUCUUCCGGAGAUAGUCUUCUCCUUUGACACAACUGGCUCCAUGAGCAGCUGUCUCGUCGAAGUCAGAGGUCGACUCCAGGACAUGAUACAGCGGCUCCAGGCUGACAUCCCCGCCAUCAGAAUUGCCGUCUUCGCACACGGGGACUAUUGUGACAAACACAAAUACGUCACAAAGUGGAUCGACUUUUCCACAGACGUUAAGGAACUAUGUGACUUUGUAAACAACGUCAGCAGCACUGGAGGCGGAGACUCGGACGAAUGUUACGAACUCGUUCUCAGACAAGUUGGGGAGGAGUUGUCAUGGACACCCGGAUCCAAUCGUGCCCUCGUCAUGAUCGGGGACGCCAACCCCCAUGAACCAGACUACCCCGACAACAAACUCAAGAUAGACUGGAGGGAGGAGAUUCAAACUCUCAAUAACAUGGGAGUGAAGAUAUAUGGGGUAGAGCGUGGAUGUGGCAGCAUGGAAUUCUACAAGAGAAUGUCCCAGGAGACAGGGGGACGCCAUCUUCAACUCGACAGCUUUUCCAAUGUCUUCGACUUCCUCAUGGCCAUCUGCUACAGGGAGCACGGGGCAGAUAUGUUUGAUGUGUACGAGAAAGAAGUUCGAACUCGUUGUGGUGAAGGUGCCCUCAGCAAAGACAUGGAAGGAAUGUUUACCUCACUACGUGAUGGAGUAGCCUCACUUUCAUCGCCAAAGAAGACCACAGCAGGUUGCAGUAAGAAAGAUGUGAAGAUCCCCACCUUAAAGAAAACCACAUCAAUCACAGCAGUUCGAAAGGCCAAGCCUAAAUCCAUCAGGAGACCAGGAACUAAAUCACUGAAGAAACCUACAAAGUUUGUGACACCUCUUCUGAGAAGAGAGGAAGUCUUUGAGAACAACUUCAGCUUGAGAAACAUGGACUGGUCACCGUGGGUCAAAGUUAUCUCCCCUGAUGUCCCACUCAAACAGGAUGCACGAUGGGAGAAAAGACGGGGUGCCAACCCUGGAUUCAGAAAGAAGACAAUCUUCAAGUCUGAGAACAAUAAGCCAGCUCUCUAUGAGAUCGGUGUUCAGUCCAUCCGGUACGGACGAAGGUGUGUAGUAUUCAGUAAGUUCUGUCACUAUAUUCCCGAUAAUGUUAAUUGGGAAACACGGCUCCUUGGAAACAAACUUGUCAGAGCUCAGGUGAACAACGUUGUGUCUCAGGACUGCAGUGUCUAUGUGCGGAGGGUGGUGUACAGAAGAGCAUCAUACCAUGCCAAAACAGCCUCCAUGAUAAAGUCCUAUGACUACGCAUGGAGACGUCUGAGGAGAUCACGAUCUACUGCUCGACAUGUCUUCAAACAAGGGAGCACAAUUUCAUCAGACAAAGUAUAGAAUGUUUCUGAACAUUGACACACAUUCUGUGAUAUAUGCUAACAGAUACAGAGAUAUGGACGUUUUUUCUUAACAUGCCAUAUAUCACAGGACAUUCUGGAAAACACUGGCACAUAAGAGGCCAAAUUCAUAAGUAUAUAACUUUGGAAAACAUCGAGAUCGAAUCUCAUAUCAUACAACUUGCCAGAUAUUUUAUGUGAAUGAGAGGGCAUGAUGUGUCAUUAAAGUGCGUGACUGAGAAUGUGUGUGUUCUACCGAAUGAUGGACAGAUGAACGUUGUUUUCCUGUUAUGUGAAACGCUGUAUAUAUUUGAUUGUUCAUAUUACGAUGUAUAUAAAUUCAUAUCAUUCAUUGACCUACAAUCUAUACUUCAUUUUAACAUGUGCAAUA